AAAAAUCCGGGUCUGUUUUUUCCUGUUGAGCAGCAGAAGCAGCAGCGGCAGCACUGUGGAGAGGUCCCUCACAUGACUGCAGGGAUAUGGAGGCGGUUUUCCUCAUGUCCUGAGUUCGAUUAAACUAAAAUCACAUCAUAUUUUCGACGCUACGUUGUGCCACGCAGACUGAGGUGUUUGCCUUCUCAGGACAGCCAUGGAGAGAUUAGAGGCUACAUCACAGCUCCAGUCACGGCUUUCAUCACUGUCUUUCUCAUCUUUCCCCGGAGUAACAGCCAAACAGUGCGACAACACGCCACCGGACAGGCUGCAGAAUACAAAUCUUUCAGAGAGCUUUACUGAGUCCAAAGACAGUAUGGAUGACACCAAGGAGGAUUCAGGACGUCUUUCUGAGGGUAAUGAAGAGGCCCCUGCUGAGCUGGCCCUGGGGGAAGGAGGCGAGGAGAACAGCAGUGCAGGGAGCUGUCAGCUCUCCGCCGAGAUGAAAGCCCAGAUGCCGCCCCUGAACCCCCCGACAACUUGGACAUCUGCUGCUGUGAAGGAGUUAAAGGUGAAGCUCCGAACAGAGAAGGACAGCAUGGUGACCGUGUACCGAGGCGACAUCAUGACGGUCCAUGUGCCCACCGUGCCCGAAGCCAAUAAAGUGUGCUGGGAGUUUGCCACAGACGGCUACGACAUUGGCUUCGGCAUCUAUUUUGACUGGACUCCUGUGACGAGCCGGUCCAUCACGGUGCAUAUCAGCGAGUCGAGCGAUGACGAGGACGAAGAGGAGGAGCUUGAAGGGCCCGUCGGCAACGGGGACGUCGAGAAGGGCUCCAAAACUCACACCAACUCUAACUUGUCUGAAAUCCUCCCCGUGUACCGCCAGGACAGCCACCUGUCCGUGCAGGGGGGGAGCCACGAAUUUCCAGGUGAAGGCACUUAUCUCCUGAAGUUUGACAACUCCUACUCCCUUUGGCGAAAUAAAACACUUUACUACAGGGUUUAUUAUAGUGCCUGAGAUGCCAAUUUAUCGCUUAUGAAUGUACAAUUUACUGAAGAACAAUGAACUAUUUUUGAUUCCACACUUGUCGGGGGAGGGAUGGGGGGGAGACAUAAUUGAAAUUCUAAAAUAAAAUAGAAAAAAAAAUAAAUAUAUAUAUAUAAAUAUUUUUUAGCACCGUCUGCUUGUGUUGUCUCUUGUUGAAUUUAAGUUUGUAAUCCCACAGAUUUCAAACGCUUCAGUGUCUUGCUAACAUGUGUUUGAAGAAGCCUUGCAUAUGUGCCAUUUUUCCCAUGUGUGCACCGUGCUAUUUGGUCAAGUGCCCAUCAUAAAAUAUCUAUUGUCUUCACCUGUAACAGAUCUAUGGUAGCAGUGAUCAGGGAAGACCUGCACGGGUAUAACUGUGUUAAAUCAGCUAUGAUCUAAAGAAAGAAGCUUUGUUUUGUGUGCUUGUGUGUGUGUGUGUGUGUGUGUGUGUGUGUGUGUGUGUGUGUGUGUGUGUGUGCGUGUGUGUGUGUGUGAGAGAGAGCUUGUGCACCUUUUUUUUUUCUUAUUAUUCUUAUUGCUUUGUCUUUGUUACCAACCUAACUUAUUUUUUUCUUCUCUGUAUUGAUCCUAAUCACGUGAGAUUUCAGAUUAUGUAAAUUCAGAGUAUGGCGAUGUCUGCUGUCACAGUGGUGUGUUGGUUAAAGAAUAUAUAUAAGUCGAAUGUACUGAAGCAAGUGGUAAUCAGACUGUGCUUUUUAUGACACAAUUAAAAGCCAUCCCUUAUCACAUGCAGCUCUCCUUAUGUAAUAAAAAAAUCAAUAUUUACAUUUGACUUGCACACUUUCAUUAUGUUUGGAGGUAGAUUAUUUUUUGUGCACAAGUCUAAGAAGUAAGUUACUGUUUUGUUUUUGGUCUUUUUUAAAAAAAAAAAGAUUAUCUUUCUUUCCUCAUUUCAAUCACUCUUUGUGCAUCUUCCAAAGAUUUCACAGAUCUGGCUGCUGACGUUGUAUACAGCAUACUGUAAAGCAACUGAUACUGUUACUGUACUAAACCCUCGCUGUAAGUUAUGCUGAUGGCAUCAAAUCCUGAAAUUUCUAAUUCCUCAAUAAACAGACCAUUGUCUCA